GUAAAAUUAGAAAAUUGAUUACGGUAUUGAAAAAAAAUAGAAAAUUGAUUAGUGGGUCCUUACUGACAAAUUCAAAUAUUAUUUUUAGGAGGUUAAGUCAAAGAGAAACAAUUAAAAACAUUUACGAAAGAAUGAGACUUGGACAGUGACAGCACUGCGUCAUCAAAAGGACCCAGCAAAAGAAAAAUAGAAAAAACAAUAAAGACUAUAAACAAUUGAUUGACCACAGCACAGACAAACUUCUUAAAAUCUCUUAAAAAACGCGCAGGAUUUGGUAAUUAUCAAAACCUUCACACCUUUGCGUUAUUAUAUAUAAACCCCACGACAGUAUCUACUCUGCCAUGCAAAUUUAACCUCACAGGCUUACACUUGGUUCAAUUGACAAUUUCUUUUGCAUAUCAUUUCCAUGGCUAAUUCCAGCAACCCUUCAUGGAAAUACGAUGUGUUCAUUAGCUUCAGAGGAGAAGACACCCGGAAAAAUUUCACCAGCCAUCUCUACGCUGCGCUGCGUCAGAAAGGGAUUAACGCUUUUAAAGAUGACCGGCAGCUCGAGAGAGGGAAGACCAUUUCUCAGGAACUAGUUAAGGCGAUCAGAGCUUCGAAGAUACUGAUGAUAAUAUUUUCAAGAAACUAUGCAUUCUCUAGAUGGUGCUUGGAGGAGGCUGUGGAAAUUGCUGAGUGUGCCAAAGGGAAUGGACAAAUGGUAGUGCCUGUUUUCUACAAUGUGAACCCGAAUGAGGUGAGGAAACAGACGGGGGAUUUUGGAAAGGCAUUUGGGGAGCACCAGCUACGUUUCAGGAACAAUCUUCUUACGGUGCAGCGUUGGAGGCUUGCAUUGACACAAUUGGGUAGUCUCUCUGGUUGGGAUUUACAAGAAAGGACCGAGUCAGAGCUUAUUGAAGAAAUCAUUAAGGACGUCCUAGGGAAAUUGAGAAAAUCAAGUUUAAUGUCAGGUGCUGCAAUGGAUUUUGUUGGAAUGAAUUCACGUUUGGUGGAAAUGAGCAUGUAUUUGGAUAUGGGUCGGUUGAAUGAUGUUCUCUUUAUAGGAAUUAGUGGGAUGGGCGGCAUAGGUAAGACAACCAUUGCUAGAGUUGUCUAUGAAGAACUUGCUUCUCAAUUUGAGGGUAGCAGCUUUCUUGCUAAUGUUAGAGAAGUUAAGGAGAAGCAUGGUUUAGUUCCUUUGCAGCAACAACUUCUUUCUGAAAUUCUAAUGGAUGGAAACAUCGCGAUUUGGGAUGCUCAUUGUGGAACCAGUGAGAUCGUAAAUAGGAUGUGUAAGAAAAGGGUUCUUCUCAUUCUUGAUGAUGUCAAUCAAUUGGAGCAAUUAAAGCUAUUAGCUGGUAGGCAUGAUUGGUUUGGCAGUGGAAGCAGGAUAAUAAUAACUACCAGAGAUGAACAUUUGCUGAAAUGCCAUGGAGUAGAUAAAAUAUAUAAGGUUCAGGGAUUAAGUCAGGAUGAAUCAAUUCAUCUCUUUUGUUUGAGAGCCUUUAAAAGUGAUUAUCCUGCAGAUGAUUAUGUGGAGCUCUCCAAUGAGUUUGUGAAUUAUUGCAAUGGCCUUCCAUUAGCUCUCGAUGUUCUUGGUUCCUUUUUGUUUGAUAAAUCUGUAAACGAGUGGACAAGUGCACUGCGUAGAUUGAAACAAAUUCCUAAUCAAGAAAUUUUGGAAAAGCUUUUUAUAAGUUUUGACGGGUUGGAGGAAGUGGAGAAGAAAAUAUUUUUGGAUAUUGCUUGUUUUUUCAAUGGAGAGGAUAAAGAUUAUGUGAUAAAAGUGUUGGAAAGUCGUGGUUUCUAUCCACAUGUUGGAAUAAGGGACCUCAUCAAUAAAUCCCUCAUAACCAUUUCAAAAGAGAGGAUAUGGAUGCAUGAUUUACUUCAAGAAAUGGGUCGAGAAAUUGUUCGACAAGAAUCACAAGAAGAACCUGGAAAAAGAAGUAGAUUGUGGCUUUAUGAGGAUGUGUAUCAUGUUUUGUCAAAUGAUACGGGAACAGAACAGGUUGAAGCCAUAGUCCUAGAUUCAUGUGAACAAGAAGAUGAAGAAUUGAGUGCUAAAGCUUUCACCAAGAUGAAAAGGCUAAGAUUUCUCAAACUUCGAAAUCUUCACCUUUCAGAGGGUCUUGAGUAUCUUUCAAAUAAGUUGAGAUACCUUGAAUGGGAUAGAUAUCCUUUCAAAUCUUUUCCGUCUACUUUUCAGCCAAAUGAACUUAUUGAGCUCCAUAUGCGUUGUAGUAACAUAAAACAUAUGUGGAAGGGAAUCAAACCUUUAAAGAUGUUGAAGGUCAUUGAUCUUAGUUACUCUGUUAACUUAAUCAAGACCAUGGACUUCAAGGAUGUUCCAAAUCUUGAAGAGCUGAACCUUGAAGGUUGCACAAGGCUUCUUGAGGUUCACCAAUCAAUUGGAGUUCUAAGAGAAUGUAUCAUUUCAUUGAACUUGAAGGACUGCAAAAGCCUUGUGAGUCUUCCAAAUGGCAUAUGUGAUCUGAAGUCCCUCAAGUAUCUUAAUUUGCAUGGAUGCUCAAAACUUGAGCAAUUGCCAGAAAGGUUGGGUGACAUGACGUGUUUGGAGAAGCUGAAUGUAGGGGAAAUUGCACCGAGACAACUUCCAUCCACUAAGCUAUGGGAUUUUCUUCUUCCAUGGCAAAAAUUUCCUAAACGGUUUUUGACACAGAAGGAUCCAAAUCCAAUGGCCAUGGCAUUGCCUGCCUUGUUUUCCUUAAAAUCUUUGAGGUCAUUGAAUCUAAGUUACUGCAACCUAACGGAUGGAGCACUUCCCAGUGAUCUGAGCUGCUUCCCUUUGUUGAAGACAUUUAAUCUGAGUGGGAAUAAUUUUGUUAGCAUUCCUUCAAGCAUUAGCCGACUUUCGAAACUUGAAGACUUCCAAUUUUCUAAUUGCAAGAGACUUCAGUCAUUUCCAAAUCUUCCAUCAAGUAUUUUGUUUCUUAGUAUGGAAGGUUGCAGUGCCUUGGAAACUUUGCUACCUAAAAGUAACAGCAGCCAAUUUGAGCUUUUUAACAUCUGUGCUGAAGGUUGCAAGAGGCUUCAGCUAUUGCCAGAUCUUUCAUCAAGUAUUUUAAAAAUAAGCGUGGAAGGUUUUUCUUCAAAAGAAACCAGUCCGAAUCUAUUCGUAACGCACUCUUCAAAACCUUCCAUGUUGACUUUUAUAAAUAUCUUGAAGUCGGUUGAGGUUCAAAGUGAAAAUAUUCCACUAGUUGCAAGAAUGUCAGGUUAUCUACAUUAUCUGUUAAGGCACAGGCACAGCUCUCUGGGAUUCUUUAAUCCAAGCACUCAGGUAUCCGUUUGUUUAGCUGGAAGUGAAAUUCCUGGUUGGUUCAACUAUCAAUCACCAGGGUCUUCACUAGAAAUGCAGCUGCCUCCAUAUUGGUGGACUAACAAGUGGAUGGGAUUUACUUUUUGUAUAGUUUUUGAAUUCCGUGAGCCUAUAGCCGAUACUUCUACCAUCUUCUGUGAUUUGCAUGCACGCAUCGCUCCUGAUCAAGACUUGUUUCUCGGUCGCUCAUCUGUACAAAUCUCUAAGGAAUUGGACACUACAUUGGAUCAACUCUGGGUCAACUACAUACCGCGCAGCUGUUUAACUUGUUUGGAUAAGUGGGAAGAAAGUGAUUGCCUUAAGAUGACAUUUUUUUCCAAUGAAUUAAGCUUCAAGUAUUGUGGGAUCCGGAAGAUGUAUAGUCGAGAUGCUGACGAGUUAGUUCUGUGCAGCAGACCAUUGGAGAGCAUGGGAUUACUCCCCAGUAAUGCUAAUAAUGUUGAGAAGAGUAAGAGAAGCCCGGAAGACUAUUGCUGUGGCAGCAGUGGGGAACCCAGUAAUGAAAUCAGCAACAUGAUUAGUGGAUUGCCUUCGAAGAGACUGAAAGUUCAUGUUGAUCCUGAUGUGAAGCUCACGAGCGGAAGCCCCCAAGAAUGAAAAAGUACGGGCUGCUCCAUUCUGAUCAUACGGUUCCUUCCUUGCUCACAUUCACAAUCCAGAAAUAAGACUCUUUCUUUAGUCUAUUUUAUAUGUAUUACAGCAGCUCUCGUAAAUUUUUUGGCAGUGACUACUAUUAAUGGAUAUUAUUACUUUUUUCUAGCA